AUGGGCUCGCGUAUGUUCGUUCUCGACUCUAUUAGCAGGUUCUGGUGUGCUGUGCGGUGCUACGCCAUCACCAUCAUGGCGUCCUUGAUGCAAGUUCCAGUUGAGCUCUUAGGACUGAUCUGCUCUGACCUCGGCACUGGCGAUAUCCUCAGCCUUUGCAGGUCAUGCAAGAGCCUCUACUCUGCCGCCCAUCCGCUUCUUUUCCGCCAUAUUACCAUAGCAUGGGACAGGUCGGCAAGACCAGACGAACCGCCCAAUUUCACCUCCCUCCUCCUUUUCAUCCUGAAAUACCCUUCCUAUGCCAGGUAUAUCAAGACGGUGAACAUCCCCAGGGUCAAGUACGGCGCCUGCCAUGACUAUGCAUGGCGCCUGUCCCGCAAGGGCACCCCGCCACCAUUAUCGAAUCCCGAGGAGACUGCAUUGGUCAGAGAUGUGAUCGAGGAGCUCUAUCUACCAGAACUAGACUACGAAGAGUGGUACAUUUCCGUGGCCGAGGAACCUAAUCUGGGAGCUACCAUCACACUCAUACUGGCCCUCUGUACUCACCUUGAGAGCCUCACCGUCGACGUCCAUUUCCUCCCGCCCAGCAACUUCUGGUUUCCUGACAUGAUCAAGAGUGCAGUAUCAUUGCCAAAGGGAGCAACCCGCCUGUCGAGAUUCCAAAAGCUGACCCGCCUCACCGUGUCGAGUCUCAACAUCCCUGAUCAUGACCUCCCAACAGAGACCUUCCUCCUCUGCUUCUACCUUCCCAGUGUCACCACCCUCUGUUUCGCGGAUGCCCUAAAUGACCCGGAAAGAGAGCCGUGGGAUCCCACUUCUGCCAGCCACCGCGGCCCCGUCUGGCCCCUCGCACGCCCUCCGCUCGCUGCCAGCCUCACCACGCUACAUCUCAACGACACCAGGGCCCGUCCAGGCGCCGUGGAGUUCCUGCUGAGACACACGCCCAACCUUCAGUCGCUGGUCUACGUUUGCAGCCUACCAUCGUCGAGCUCGCCGCUGGACCUAGUUGCCCUGCGGCAGGGUUUGGAACACGUCCGCGACACCCUCACGCACCUCUCGAUCAGGUUCGACAUCUUCGCCGACGAGGGCCUCGACCCUAGGAACCUGGCGGCGGUGCUACGGGGCAGCCUCGGGCCUCUCGGCUCCAUGACCGCCCUGGAAGAUAUCAACGUCCCCCUGGCGUUGCUGUUGGGCCAGGUCACGCCGCAGACCGCGGCCCCGCUUGCCGAUGUCUUGCCCUCGAGGCUGAAGCGCCUGACCAUCAACGACGACCUCUGGAACUAUGAUGCGUUUAACACCUGGGAGCCCGAGCAUGUCGGGUCGCUGCUCACGGCCUUCUUCGCCGGUCCCUGCAAGACCGCCACCCCGCGGCUCGAGGAUUUCGUGCUGGACAUGUGGGAGAACAGUUGGGUGUCGUACGAGUGCUGGGACGACGAGGAUAAAAAGGAAGCCCUCCAGGAGCUGACCGAGAGCCAAGGGAUCAGGUGCGAGAUAUCGCGAUAG